AAAAAAAAAAAAAAAAAAAAAACAUACAGAACGCUAGAACUUUCGGUCGUUUCGAAGAAGCAGCUCGCUAAAACACCGCGCUAGGGUGUUUUUUAAUCGAGUCCUCUUCUUCACCGUUUGUUUAUGUGUUUUUGCACUGUUGGAUCUGGAUUUUGUUUGAUGAUCGGGUUUUGUUUCGGAAGUUUAAGUUUUUCAGUUUGAUUUGAGGGAAAAAAGAUCAUGAUGAUUUCGUUACAAAAUGGAGUUUCUCGGGCGUCGGUGGGCUCGGAUCGGGCCAGUGAAUCUGGGUUUCCGACUGUGAAGCAGGAGCCGCCAUCAUCGCUGAGUCUCUCGUCGUUCAAGGGCCACGAUUCUCAUGAAGUCGAUGAAGAUAUGCAAAUGGCCCUUGCUCAUCAAAUGUACAAGGCUGGCAACUUUAAACAGGCUCUAGAGCACAGCAAUGUUGUUUACGAGAGAAGUCCUCUACGCACCGAUAAUCUUCUUCUCUUGGGUGCAGUUUACUAUCAGUUGCAUGAGUAUGAUAUGUGCAUUGCGAGAAAUGAAGAAGCUCUUCGACUUGAGCCACGUUUUGCUGAGUGUUAUGGAAACAUGGCAAAUGCUUGGAAGGAGAAAGGUGAUAUUGAUCUUGCCAUUCGCUAUUAUCUGGUUGCCAUUGAGCUUCGCCCCAACUUUGCUGAUGCCUGGUCGAACUUGGCUAGUGCAUACAUGCGAAAGGGAAGACUUAAUGAGGCAGCACAGUGCUGUCGUCAGGCGCUUGCAUUGAAUCCUCUUUUGGUAGAUGCACAUAGCAACCUAGGGAAUCUAAUGAAGGCACAAGGAUUGGUGCAAGAAGCAUACAGCUGCUACCUUGAGGCUCUACGCAUACAACCUACUUUUGCUAUUGCAUGGUCUAAUCUUGCGGGUCUUUUUAUGGAGUCUGGAGAUCUUAAUAGAGCUCUUCAAUAUUACAAGGAAGCUGUGAAACUCAAACCUACAUUUCCUGAUGCCUACCUAAACCUCGGAAAUGUUUAUAAGGCUUUGGGAAUGCCUCAAGAAGCUAUCUUGUGUUAUCAGCGUGCUGUUCAGACUCGUCCCAAUGCAAUAGCUUUUGGUAACUUGGCUAGUGCAUAUUAUGAGAGAGGUCAAACAGAUAUGGCUAUCCUUUAUUAUAAGCAAGCAAUAUCUUGUGAUCCUAGAUUUUUGGAGGCUUACAAUAAUAUGGGUAAUGCAUUGAAGGAUGUGGGUCGAGUUGAGGAAGCAAUUCAGUGCUAUAAUCAAUGUCUGGCCUUACAGCCGAGUCAUCCACAAGCGCUUACCAACCUUGGGAAUAUAUACAUGGAAUGGAACAUGUUAGCUGCUGCUGCUCAAUAUUAUAAGGCAACAUUGACGGUAACAACAGGAUUGUCUGCCCCCUUCAACAAUCUUGCUGUAAUCUAUAAACAACAGGGAAAUUAUGCUGAUGCUAUAUCUUGCUACAAUGAGGUUCUCCGCAUUGAUCCCUUGGCUGCCGAUGGACUGGUCAAUAGGGGAAACACUUACAAGGAGAUUGGUAGAGUGAGUGAUGCAAUCCAGGACUAUAUACGUGCUAUCACUAUCCGGCCAACUAUGGCUGAAGCCCAUGCAAAUUUGGCAUCGGCUUACAAAGAUAGUGGACAUGUGGAGGCUGCCAUUAAGAGCUACAAACAGGCAUUGGCUUUUCGGUCUGACUUUCCAGAAGCCACUUGCAACCUUCUACAUACCCUACAGUGUGUCUGCUGUUGGGAAGAUCGUGACAGAAUGUUCAGUGAAGUUGAAGGGAUUAUCAGGCGGCAGAUCAAUAUGUCAGUUCUACCUAGUGUCCAACCUUUCCAUGCUAUAGCAUAUCCCAUUGAUCCAAUGCUUGCACUUGAAAUAAGCCGUAAAUAUGCAGCACAUUGCUCUAUUAUUGCAUCGCGCUUUGCACUUCCUCCAUUCAACCAUCCUGCCCCAGUUCCUAUUAGGCAUGAGGGUGGACUUAAGAGGCUGAGGGUUGGUUAUGUGAGCAGUGAUUUCGGUAAUCACCCUCUGUCACACCUUAUGGGAUCUGUGUUUGGCAUGCACAACAGAGAAAAUGUUGAGGUGUUCUGUUAUGCCUUGAGUCCAAAUGAUGGUACUGAAUGGAGAAAGCGUACCCAAUCUGAAGCAGAGCAUUUCAUUGAUGUCUCUGCCAUGUCGUCGGAUAUGAUUGCCAAACUGAUCAAUGAGGAUAAGAUACAGAUCCUUGUGAACCUCAAUGGCUAUACCAAGGGAGCCAGGAAUGAAAUAUUUGCUAUGCAACCUGCACCUAUACAGGUUUCAUAUAUGGGGUUUCCUGGGACCACUGGUGCAUCGUAUAUUGAUUAUUUGGUCACUGAUGAGUUUGUUUCACCUCUACGCUAUGCACAUAUAUAUUCCGAAAAGCUGGUGCAUCUCCCACAUUGCUACUUUGUUAAUGAUUAUAAACAGAAAAAUCUGGAUGCGUUGGAUCCAAAUUGCCAGCACAAACGAUCAGAUUAUGGUCUCCCUGUAGACAAGUUCAUAUUUGCAUGCUUCAACCAGUUGUACAAAAUGGAUCCUGAAAUCUUUGAUACUUGGUGCAAUAUUCUUAAGCGUGUACCCAACAGUGCACUCUGGCUCCUUAGGUUCCCUGCUGCCGGGGAGAUGAGACUUCGUGCAUAUGCUAUUGCCCAGGGUGUGCAGCCGGAUCAAAUUAUUUUCACUGAUGUUGCUAUGAAACACGAACAUAUCAGGCGCAGUGCUUUAGCAGAUCUAUUUCUUGACACGCCUUUGUGCAAUGCCCAUACCACAGGCACAGAUAUCUUAUGGGCAGGUCUACCAAUGAUAACUCUACCUCUUGAGAAAAUGGCUACCAGGGUUGCCGGAUCGCUUUGUCUUGCUACUGGACUAGGGGAUGAGAUGAUUGUUAAUAGUAUGAAGGAAUAUGAAGAGAGGGCAGUAUCUUUGGCUCUGAAUCGGCAAAAACUACAGGCACUUACAAAUAAACUCAAGUCUGUUCGCCUUACUUGUCCUCUAUUUGACACAGCACGCUGGGUGAAGAAUCUGGACAGGUCAUACUUCAAAAUGUGGAAUCUCUAUUGCUCAGGGCAGAAGCCCCAGCACUUUAAAGUAACUGAGAAUGACUUGGACUUCCCGUGUGAUAGAUAGUUAGAUAGGGAAGUGAACGGGAUUGUAGAUAAAAAAACAAAGAGAAAUAACACAAGGAUGAUUGUAUUUAGGAACAGAAACAGAAAAAAAAAAGAUGAUUGCUUGCUUAUUCAGAUGAUGCCGUGGCUGUGCUUAUGACGUCUGUGCUGAUGGAUUUAUGUGGAUGGAUGUACUUGUUUAUUUAAAGGAUUGGUGAAAAACACGGUGAUUUGGAGGAGUAAUAAAAUUACCAAAAGUUUCUCCUGUUA